GCCGAUGGCCAGUACCGCUCGCGGCCGGACCUCUCCCCGCCCACGCUGAACGUCACCGUCGAAGCCCCGGACGCCAACGGCACCGAGUACGUGUUUGUCGCGCCGUACGGGGCCUCUCUCGCGCAGCCGGGCGCCUACAUCUACCGCAAAAACGGCGACCUGAUUUGGUCCGGCAUCGGCUACUACGCGGGCUUCGUGGGCAACUUUCACCGCACCACGUACAACGACCAGCCCGUGCUGCAGGCCUUCGAGGGGACCAUCGAUUCCACGCAUGGCGAAGGCUGGGGGUACCAGGUCUUAUUGGAUCAGAACUACCAGCCCGUCGCCACGGCCAAGGCGGCCAACCACCGCAUCCCCUCCAUCCACGAGUUCAAUGUCAUCAACGGGAAGACCGCGUUGGUCGAGGUGUACACGCCCACGCCCUGGAAUCUGUCGGCGUAUGGGGGGAAUGCGUCGCAGCAGUGGAUUGGAGAUGGGUAUUUCCAGGAGUUCGACAUCGCAACCGGCGACCUGAUCUUCGAAUGGAACGCGCUCGACCACAUCGAUCCAGGUGAAAGCCUGGUCCCCCUCGCCUCCGCCGCCGCCGACAGCGGCCUAACCGCCGCCACCAGCUGGGAUUUCAUCCACAUCAACAGCGUCGACAAAGACCGCGACGGAAACUACCUGGUCUCUUCGCGCCACCUCUCCACUAUCUUCAAGGUGAACGGCACCGACGGCCGCAUCCUGUGGCGCCUCAGCUCCGCCAACCCCUCCACGUUCACGCUCCCGUCCAACUUCGAAUUCGGCUUCCAGCACCACGCCCGCUGGCACCACGUCUCAGCCACCAAAGAAAUCAUCUCGUUCUUCGACAACUCCAACGCUGGCACCGGGCUGGUGUUCAACAACGUCUCCCGCGCGGUUGUCGUCGAGCUCGACCUGCGCAACAAGACCGCCACCGUGCUGCGCGAGGCGCCCGCGCCGUACGGUAUCUCGGCGGCCUCGCAGGGCGACGCACAGCUCCUGGACGAUGGACGCGUGUUCGUGAACUGGGGGUCCGCGGGCGCGAUUACCGAGUUUGAUGCGCAGGACGAUGUGGUCUAUCAUGCGUGGUUAGCCGAGGAUGGGGUGAGUUAUCGCGGGUUCCUGGGGGAUUGGACCGGGACGCCGGUGGAGGAGCCGGCGAUCGUGGCUUACCGCACUUCUGCGCCAGGCGGAUUGCGCGUGUAUGUGUCCUGGAAUGGGGAUACGGAGACGGUCGGGUGGCGGUUUUAUGGGCUCAGUCAGCGGGUGAAUGCGUCGGCACCGGUGUUUCUGGGGCAGGUGGAGAGGAGCUCGUUUGAGACGGUUUUGUUCACGGAUCGCGUCGGGGUGGUGGGCGAGACGGGGAGGUUUUAUGCGGUGGCUGUGGGGAAGGAGGGAAGUGUUCUGGGACGGACGAGGGCGGUGCGUGCGCAGGAGUGGGUGGCGUUGGUUUGAUGACUAUAUGUAUUAGUGAUUAUGGAUCUGUGAGUAAGAGAUCUGAGAAGUUAUGCCUGAUGAUGGAAUAGAACGAGACUUUUGUGAUUAUAGAUGUCAAGCUAGGCUGCUGACUGCGUGGACUGCUGUUUCUGUGUCUGUUGACGCCUUUUCAUACUCAACCACCACUUUAUGUGUCCGGUGGAUUUGACCCAUUGCAUACUCCUGAUGGCCCAUCUGCCCCGUUGGGAGGAUGUUGUCCUCGCUCCCGUUCUUCAGAGUCCCGAUGUUGGUCGUCAGCAGAUCAUCGUGCGUGAGCAUGUAGUUCAUCGGCUUUCGGAACGGGCGGUUGUGCGACGUGGCGAGCUCGAUCUCGUGGUUUUUGUAGUAUCGCUGGUAGGAGCUCCACGAGCGUCGGCCACGGAUCAUCUCGUAGAGUGGGCCCAG